GGCCAGCAGAUCUCAUACAUCCGCCGUCACAUUACCAUUACCGUCGGCGCUUUUGUCUUAUAACAUCAAGCAGAAGGCAUUCAAGCGACGCUAAAAACGAGAAGAUUCAUUGUGUGUCAUGUUGGGCGAAAGCUUUCUCCGACUGCUGUGUUACCAGGAGGAAAAAAAUGGUGCUUCUGAUUCCAUGGGACACACAUUAGAGACAAGUUUGGUGACGACACAGACUCAUAUUCAACAAACAGAUGCAGACCAGCAGGAGCGGGAGCUCAGACAUUUUCAUGGCGUGAGAGAAGAAGCUUCAGGCCUCUCUAUCCCUGGGUGUUCAUCUGUUCAUACACCUGAAACUGACAUGACACUCUGCUCGGGCCCCUGCAGUCUCCUAGAUCAUUAUCCCGACCUCCAGGUCGUUGAUUCGGGCCUCAUCUCCCGCAACACUUUAAGAGCAAGCACCCUUCAGCAAGAUCUUUUCACUGAUUUGACCCGGUCAGAGCGUGCAGAGCAAAAGCAGCUGCUUUCCAUGUCUAUUCCAUCAGUGUCAGACCAGGGCUAUCUGGUCAUGGGUGGUGGUGAUGCAAACACCAGCAUGGGCGUGCCUGCCUCUCAGUUGGAGCCCAUGUCCAACUCACUGCUGAAUGGACUUCUGGAAAAACAGCUGGACGAGGUAUACCUACAGCACCUGACGGACAACUUGGCUCGAUGUCACUCACACCUGGGGAACAGCCUCCUGCACGGCCUGGUGCCUCCUCUGCAGCCCAGUGAGCACCAACAGGGCUCCGACUCACUGGAGUCCAAUCUGGAAGAGGCACCAGGAGAACGUGGGAAGAAGUUGCAUUGCCUGAGCAACCUGAACUUAGCCCCUUUCUCAUCCAACUUUAGCACUCCAGUGCUGCGCAUUUCUGAGGAUGUUCAUCCACAAUAA